UCUUAUCAGUAUCACUCACUCUCACUAACGUUUGUAAUUUUGUAGUGCUUGUAGGUCGUGCUAUUGGAGUACUGGACUGACUUUAUUUUCUUCGUCAUUCUCAUUCAUUUAUUUCCUCCAGCAUUUAUGCUUUCUAAGAGACGCUUUAUCAGCGAACUUAAUUAAAAUUCACUUUACGACGACUUCACCAAGUGUUGUACAUGCAGGAGGUUAGGUUUUUUGCACAAUUAAUUGGAAAUUGGAACCCCCAAGGAAUACUUAAUUAAAAAGAAAAAAAAAUGUGAAAUUGUUUCCUUACUCUGUCUGACUGUAUAUUUCUACAUAUCCUAUCGUAUUUCCUAUAAUCUAUUACAAUGGUAUCUGUGAAGUGAUAUGUGUAAAGCAUGGUCGUCAGAGGUCUACCGUGGAUCUCUUUGCUCUGUUUGUGCUGGCUCUGUACAGCAGCUGGCAAUGGGGAAUCAUUAACUUUUACAACUGAUUGUAAUACUCUGCAAAUGGGCCAGUUCUUGUGUCCUGAUCCAGAUCCAGAGUAUAAUUACAUGGAUCCGAAGACUCAACAACCCGCAGGAUGUACCCGAGAGAAUAAAGCCACUGUUCGAUGCGUGGCUGCUGAUGGAAUAAUUUGCAAUGAGACCAAAAACUCCACUUUUUAUCAGGAGAUUCCUUGCAAAUGGACAAAUGGAUACUCAUUUGAAACAGCACUACUGCUUUCAAUUUUCUUUGGCAUGUUCGGAGCAGACAGGUUUUAUCUUGGCUAUCCAGCAUUGGGAUUACUUAAACUGAGCACUUUAGGAUUUUUAUUCCUUGGACAACUAAUAGAUAUUAUCCUAAUUGCAACGCAAAUUGUAGGACCUGCAGAUGGAUCAUAUUACAUCAUUCCAUACUAUGGCGCAGGUAUUAGUAUGAUAAAAAGCAACAACUGGACCUACAAGUUACCAGAGGAUGACUGGUCCAAUUAUCAAAAUGAUGAACUGUGAUAUUAGACUUUAAUGUACUUAAUAGCAUAUAUUUUUCUCUUUUUUUAUAAGAGUUCUCUCUGAUAAUUUUAAAUAAUUAGCUGUAAAUACGCGAUCUAUUAAGUUUUUUAAAAUAUAAAGAAAAAAUUCUUUUUUUUUCAAUA